UAACGGCAACAACGGGGACCUACACGAAAGUCUACAACUAGAUUUGGGAGAUGGGCCGAGUCAUAUAAUGGGAGGAGGAGCACCUGGCGCUGCUGGACCUCUGGGAUUGCGUGGUUUGCAGCACCCACUACCACCUAGCAACUAUCACCACUUUAUGCAGCGCUCGAAUUCACCAUUUGACAUGUUGCGUCAAGGUCAACAUUCGCCAGCACCACAUCCCCCUCCUGGGACCUACAAUUCCGGACCGCCCAGAUUCUUAUAGAGUUUGCGAGUGGCCCCCGAUCAGGGCCUUUAUUUUAGCAUGCCUUUUUGAGGAACAAAUGCAAGUUAAACCAAAAUUAGGUUUGCGGGCUUCGACUCACAGCGAUGAAUCUAAGCAGAAAGAAGCACAGGCCAAAUCCCCUGACAAAUUUAAUUGCGGCUGGGGCAUUGUAUGUUAUUGCACUCAAAAUUUAAAUAAAAGCUAAAAUAAGAGGCACGAUACAAAUGAAGUGGAAGAAAAAAAAACUUAAACGACAAACUCGCACACAACAUAAUAAGUUAAGGUAACGAAGAAGCGAACGGUAGAAAAGGAAGUGAACAGCCACAAGGUGCUGCACUAUUGUAAAGUAAUGUAAAAUGCGGAUGAGUUCAGUAAACUAAAGAAAUAUCUAAUUAAAAAAAAAAA